ACCAGACUCGAUCCGAGUUUACACGGUUCUUUGACGUGCUCAGGAAUUAAAUCCUCUCUGCCGGUCCUUCUGAAAGAUUGGAUGUGAGUGAAUUCCUCGGCACUCCUCUACCUUCAAGUACGAUGCCUUCAGAAAAAGAACUCAAUGGAUUGGAUAAUUACGGCUAUCCAGAUGACGAUGAAAGCACACAUCACGCCCGCACCCUCGGGAAAGGUGGGAAAAGCAACCAUCCUUCAGCUGUGGGUGAAGCAAACAAGAUGCUCUAUCUUAUCACCGACAACCCACCCUGGUACUUGUGUAUACUCCUUGGCACGCAGCAUUUCCUGACGGCUUUGGGCAGUAUUGUGGCCAUUCCUCUCAUACUAACCCGAGUGAUCUGCUUACAACAUGAUUACAUCACCCAGAGUCAACUCAUCAGCACCAUAUUCUUUGUGUCAGGAUUCUGCACGCUGCUUCAAGUUCUGUUUGGUGUCAGGUUGCCCAUCAUUCAAGGAGGGACCUUUGCUUUCCUGGCUCCCACUUUGGCCAUGAUGUCCUUGCCCGAUUAUAAAUGCCCAGCCUGGACCUCCAACAAGACCCUGGUCAAUGUCAGCGAUCCUGUCUUCAUUGAAAUCUGGCAGAUACGCCUGCGAGAGAUUCAGGGAGCCAUCAUGGUGGCAGCUUGCUUCCAAAUCUUUGUGGGAUUUUCUGGAUUGAUUGGAUAUUUAAUGCGAUACACGGGCCCUUUAACCAUAGCUCCGACCAUCUCCCUCAUUGGGCUGUCGUUGUUCGACACGGCAGGCAACGAUGCAGGUGCCCACUGGGGCAUCGCAGGCAUGACGACCGGCUUCAUUGUCCUAUUCUCCCAAUAUUUGCGGAAUGUGCCUGUACCACUUCCUGCUUUCAGCAGGAGUAAAAAGUGUCACAUUAAUUGGAUGAACAUUUUCCAAAUGUUCCCGGUGCUUUUUGGGAUUGGGAUCUCAUGGGUCAUUAGUUUUAUCCUGACUUAUUUUAACGUAUUUCCUGAUGAUCCCAACGUCUACGGAUAUUACGCAAGAACCGAUUUAAAGAGCGAUGUUAUCAGUCGAGUUGAAUGGUUUCGAAUUCCAUACCCUGGGCAGUGGGGCUUGCCGACAGUCAGCCUGGCUGGCACCUUUGGCAUUCUGGCCGGCGUGGUGUCGUCGAUGAUCGAGUCUGUGGGAGACUACCACGCCUGCGCCCGGCUCUGCGGCGCUCCUCUCCCCACCAGAGAAGCCAUCAAUCGUGGGAUCGGCAUCGAAGGGAUCGGCUGCCUGCUGGCGGGGGCGUGGGGGACAGGCAACGGAACCACCUCGUACAGCGAGAACGUGGGCGCUCUGGGCAUCACCAAGGUGGGCAGUCGCGUGGUUAUUCUAACCAGCGGAUUGUUAAUGCUUUGCGUGGGACUGCUUGUUAAAAUCGGAGCCGUUUUCAGCACCAUCCCACAACCGGUGAUUGGCGGGAUGUUGAUGGUGAUGUUCGGAAUUAUCACAGCCGUCGGAAUUUCAAAUCUGCAGUUUGUGGAUAUGAAUAGUUCAAGGAAUAUUUUUAUUUUUGGAUUCUCCAUGUUUUCCGGCCUGGUCAUACCUAACUGGAUGAACAAGCACCCCGAGUCCAUACAGACAGGAGUACUUCCGCUGGAUCAAGUUUUCCGUGUACUUUUAAACACCAGUAUGUUUGUGGGAGGAUUUUGGGGCUUUUUUCUAGAUAACACCAUCCCAGGUACAGAGAAAGAACGGGGCAUCAUCGCCUGGAAGCAAUCGGUCACGGACGAGGGGGACAAGGACAAGAACGAGAGCGACUGUUACGACCUACCGUUCGGCAUCGGCACCAGGUGUUGCACAGGUUCCUGGAGGCGGUAUAUCCCCUUCUGCCCAAAGCCGGCAGCUCCCGACAAGGAGGAGCUGGAAAUCCAUCAGGAAACUCCCGACAAGGAGGAGCUGGAAAUCCAUCAGGAAACUCCGUUCUAACAACCUGCGUCGUUCCAUUCGAUCAAACAUCAUCACAUGGCGCAAUAAAUUGUUGUAUAUUUCAUUCAUAUUUAAUUGGGAGUUCACUUGAAACUCUUCUGUAUCAUUAAAGGAAAAA